GUCCAGGCAGCUUUGUGUCGCUGGGAAAUCCACGAAGAGUUUGUUCUUGAGGUACUGGAGUUUUGGCAGACGGGUCGCCAUGGCCCCAUUCGUAAAGGUCUGCUGAAGAAGAGAGGGAGCCUUGUGGUAGUUAAGUCCCUCCGAGAUGGCCCCAACCAGCCUGAAGCUAACGAGUUUGUGAAGUGGGUCCUCUUCCACGCCACAGUGUGUAAACAUGAGAACGUGGUGCGGAUGUUGUACUGUCAGAGCAAGCGUCCGCCCAUAUAUCUGGUCUUAGAUGCCUACAGACCAGGGAACCUCCUUCACUUCCUCUGGACACUCAAAAAUGUAACAUCGUACACAGCUUUGGUUGAUUACCUGAGGCUGGUGCAUGGUGAUGUUGCGGCCAGGAACAUCAUAACUGGCCCAGGCCUAUCAGCCCGGGUUCUGGGCGUAGCAUUCUGAGGACGCAGACUGGAUCCACCAAUUAGGCAGAGGGCAGCAGAGGUGCCUCUGAAAUGGCAGGCUCCAGAGAGGAUCAUGAUGCAGCUCAGUAUCGACAGGAGCGACAUGUGGUCAUUUGGAAUCUUAUUGUAUGAACUGAUGGCAUUGGGCUCUCCUCCAUACCCUGAGCUGGAGCCUCUGUCGGUGCUUCCAAAGCUACAGGGCUCUUAUCGAACAAAGAGACCGGAGAAUUGUGGAGGACCUUUGGAAGUAAACUUGUAUGAUCUGAUGAAGUACUGUUGGAUGUGGAGCUUCAAAGACCGAGCUGCAUUCUCAGCCAUCAUGAAGCUGUUGGAGUCCUCGCAGCAUCUGGCGACUAUUCAAUUCAAUUUUAUUUAUAGUAUCAAAUCAUAACAAGAGGUAUCUCAAGACACUUUACAGAUAGAGUAGGUCUAGACUACACUCUAUAAUAUAC